GAAAUCGGAAUCAGUAUCGAAGAAAGUUUUGACGUGAUAAGUUUGCUUUAUAAUUUUUUAAUCGAUUUAAAAAAAACCGCACUAAAACUAAAAUUUAUCAAAAAUGUCGAAACUACUGCUGUUUGUUAUGGCUUGUUUGAUCGUGCCGAGCAGCUUCGGCCAGUUGGAGGUGCAAAAGUGCAAGAAAGGAUCCAUUCCCACCAAGCUGGUUAUCGAGGGCUGCUCCAAAGCUCCCUGCACCAUUGUGAACGGGCAGAACUUGAAGUUUAGUGCCGAGUUUAUCAAUCCCACUGCCACCAACACACUGAAAGCCAAAGUGAUCCCCCGGCUUGCUGGACUCACCAUCCCGUACGAGCUUCCGAAGGAGCACCAGGACGGCUGCCAGAAGCUGAACAACGCCAAGUGUCCGCUGGAGGCCAACCAGCGCAUCGAGGCGUCCGGCGACGUCCCGGUGGAAUCGCCGGUGAGCAACGUCAAGAUUAACAUCGAGUUCCAGCUGCACGCGGACUCGGGCAUCGCCGUCUGCUUCAAGAUCGACGCCAAGGUUGUUAAUAAAUAAGCAAUGAUCAGCUGUGAACUAUUUUUAAUUUUAACUCUUAUAGUUUAGAAUGUUACUAUUUUUAUUUUUACCUAUUGAUUUUCAACAAUUAAAGUUUUGUAAGCUUUUUUCAACAAUUACGUUCUUCUCCAAUUUUCACCCAAAAAAAGAUUGAGGUCAAAUGGCAACAAGACAGGACAAGACGUGGGUCGUCGUCUAGCGCACAAACCGAUAAAAAUCGCUCGUCUUCUUGGGGUGCGCAGGGCAAUUGUCUGGCUGUCGGACCGUUUUUCUUUUCCUGGCUCUAAUUAGAAAAGUGCCAUAAAACGAUUAAUCUGAAAGAAAUUGCGCUUCUUCUCCUCCAUCACGGACGGACGGA